UGGAGUAGCCUACUCAGAAGAAAAUGAGCGGGAGCGAAACCGAGUGCAAGGAAACUGUCGCCAAAGACGAAGAAAUUGUUCCGAAGAAAGGUCAUACCACUUCGGUUAUUUGGAAAUCGUUUGGCCUACCUGAAGUCUGACCAAGCACAGACCAGCAUUAGGUGCAAAAUAUGUCGGCGACCAGUCCUCAGCAGAACGGGAAACACCACCAACCUCUUCCACCAUCUCAAAAGGCACCACCCCACAGAGCACUCCGAAAGCUUGAGUUUGCGCUAUCAUGCUAGCGUCAGCCUCCCCUCAAGUAGUAGCCAACAGCCCAGCCCUACUGCUAGUCAAACUUCCGAAGUUCGACAACCAACAAUCAGCCAUUACCCCAUAUGAAAAGAAAUCAAAGCGAUACAAAGAAAUAACCAGCGCAAUUACGUACUGUAUCGCUAAAGAUAUGAUGCCUAUAAGCACGGUUGAAAAACAGGGCUUCAAGAAGCUAAUGAGUGUCAUAGAUGCUAAGUACGCACUGCCUGGGCGAAAAUAUUAUUCCAAAAAAUCACUCCCUCAGCUGUAUGCAGAGUGUAGGGGAAAGUUGGAAGAGCAGCUCAGAAAUGUCACUCACUUCACUACCACCACUGAUAUGUGGUCUAGUCGCACGUCCGAACCAUACAUGAGUCUCACAAUACACUACGUCGACAAGGAAUGGAAUCUUCAAAGCAGAUGCCUUCAAACAGCAUAUUCUCUAGACGAUCACACCGCGGAGAUAAUUGCCCAGGGGCUUGUGGAAGCACUCGCGUCAUGGGGACUCAGCGAGGACCGCCAGGUGUGCAUUACAACUGACAGUGGUGCAAACAUAGUGAAGGCUGUUUCAUUAAACAAUUGGACACGACUGCAGUGUUUUGGCCACCGGCUCCAUCGAGCCAUUGAGAGAAGUGGUAGAGACAAGAGGAUUGAAAGAGCAGUUGGAAUAUGUAAAAGAGUGGUUAGUGCCUUCUCCUUCUCUUGGAAGAAGAGAGACCUGGCAGCAGCAAAAAGAGGAGCUCAAACUCACAAGAUGGUCAUAGAGUCGCCUACAAGAUGGGGGUCACGUCAAAAGAUGGUAGAGAGAGUGCUGGAACAAGAGAAGGCCAUCGCACAGGUCUUGUCAGCUGACAAAAAGACCAGCAUUUGGUUCCCACGUGGCAGGAUAUUGUUGUUCUUGAGUCAUUCCACAAGGCACUGAAUCUACUUCUAGACUUCACCGAUGCCCUCUCUGGGGAAGAAUAUGUCAGUGUAUCUUACCUCAAACCAGUCCUGCAACUUUUCAAUGAGGAGGUGUUAAAGCAUGACAAUGAUGACAGUGAGCUAACCAAAACCAUCAAGACAGUGGACAUUGAAUAUUUAAACGAGAAAUAUGGUGACAUGAUCACUGAUGACCUCCUGGACGUGGCAUCACUGGUAGAUCCUAGAUUCAAGACCGAUUACAUAAAGGAGGAGAAGAUUGACACCAUAAAAGCCAGAGCCAUGACUGAGAUGUUGGAAGAGAAAGGAACAGGAGCCACAGAAGCAGGAGCAGAGGGAGGAGACACAGAAGCAGGAGCUGAGGGAGGAGCUGCUGCAGCCGCACCUACACCAGAAAAGAAGCAGAAGAAGACACUGGGUAGUUUUUAAAAAAAAAUACUACACCAGCACCACAUCAGGUCUUACAGAACAGCAGGCUAUUGAAGCUGAACUGAACAACUACCUGCUAGCUCCUGAUGCAGACAGUGAGACCAAUCCCCUGGCAUGGUGGAAGAUCCAUGGAACAUCCUUUCCCAGAGUGAGCUGCCUGGCAAAACGCUACCUUUGCAUACCUGCCACCUGUUCCCCCUCAGAGCGUGCUUUUAGCACAGGUGGCAACAUUGUGUCCUACCAUAGGGCAGCUAUAAAGCCUGAGACAGUCGACAGAUUAGUCUUUCUUGCAAGAAACUUGUAGUGAAGUUGCCAAGAAUGUGCAAUAUUCAAAGAAUCUACAGUAGCAUAAUCAUCCUCAACAUUUAAGUUUUUAUUUUAUUUUCUUUAAUCAAUGUUCAGUAUACUACCUCUAAAAUGUUUGAGAGACGUUUGAAACAAGGCACUUGAUGUGAUGGGAAUCACAGCAGUUGUUUACAUAUUUAUUGUUUUAUUUUUAAUCAAUGUUCAGUAUACUAUCUCUAAAAUGUUUGAGAGACUUUUGAAACAAGGCAUUUGAUGUGAUGGGAAUCACAGCAGUUGUUUACAUAUUUUAUUUUAUUUAAUCAAUGUUCAGUAUACUACCUCUAAAAUGUUUGAGAGACGUUUGAAACCUGGCAUCUGAUGUGUUUCGAAUCACAGCAGUUGUUUACAUAUUUAUUGUUUUAUUUUAUUUAUUCAGUGUUUAACGUAAAGCCAUGUUGGUUCUGUUGAAUGUUUGUCACCUAUUCGUUCUGAUAAUAAAUAAUUGUAUAUUAAACCAUAAUUAACCUUCUGGUUUCUAAGGAGAAUACUCUUAAAACAGUAAAUUGAGCAUUAUUAUUAUUCAUAAAUAUGUAUCGUGAUAAUUAUCGUCAUUGAUCAAUAUAAAAAAACAUAUUGUGAUAACAUUUUUGGCCAUAUCAUCCAGCCCUAAGUGAAAUAAUAAGCAUUAUCAUAUGUGAUUAUUAAUCUAUUAUUCUGACAUUAUCCCAAGAAGUCAUGACACCCACCUGAAAGGCAAUAUUAAAUUCAGCUAAAGGCUUAAGGGCAACACUCAGGAACAUAAAGUAUGUUUCCAUAACUGGACCAUGGAGAUGGCUUGCCAGAUCACAAACUUUGGCAUUCCUCUCCAUCUCCUCAUGACUGUCAAAGUAUAUAUAUAUAGGGAUAUAGGGUGGCAAUAUAUGGUGAAAAAAUGCAAUGGAAACAUACCAUAAUAAAUUGUGGAGAUAUGAUGAGUGGAGUUUACUAUUACAAUCCUACCUGUAGAGCAGUGGUUCUCAACUGGUCUAGCCUCAGGACCCACAUUUAUCCUUAGUCAUUAAGUCGCGACCCAAAUUUCUGAAAUUUUUGAACCACCCAAAUUUAUUUCACAAAAUAAUAGUGCAGUAAUACACAAUGCCUUCAUGCACUGUUUAAAACAUGAAAUAAACAAAAAAAGUGCAACUAGGGCUAAAAACCCAUAAUAAAAAGGCAGACUUAUCUUGAAAUACAGGCAUAUAUGCUUUUUAAACUGAUGAUACUUCUCAAGUUUCAAGAAUCUAAAUUGAACUGUAUGAAAUAAAAAGGCUGACUUUUCUUGAAUUAAAUAAAAAAAAACUGUAGCAGAGAUUAGCCUAUCAGGGGAUACAUACUGAACAGCACUGUAUUAUGAAGAAUAUUCAGUAGCACUUUACUUGAACCCUUCACCACAAGGCUGACAUAACAGACCUAUGUUUGGGGGAACUAAUGGGAUAACUGGGGAUGCUUUUUGCUCCUGACAAGAGUCUCAAAGUCUGGGGUGAUGGUAGACAAAGCAACUCUGAGGUCGUGCUCAAUGUCCAAUCUGUUCCUCUGCUUUGUCUUCAGCUGGACCAGAGCUGAGAAGCUACUUUCACAAAGAUAGGUAGUGCUGAAUGGUAGGAUGAUUUUGAUUGCAUGGGUGGCGAGGGAUGGAUACUCAGUCAUCACAGUACUGCACCAGAACUGGGGGAGGCUUACCUCAGUGAAUUUCUUUUUCAGCAUCCGAUCACAUGAGAGCUCCACCAGCUGACUCUCUUCAUUGCUUGGCAACGUGACACUUUCCAUAUCGAUUCCGAAGGGAUCGCGUACCCAGUCAUCAUCCCCGCGUUUCUCCAGGAAGUAGUCGUUAAACCGAUCCUGCAGUUUAGUGAGAUGUGCCGUCACAGUUUUCUUCAGAGCAUUUUUGCCUGCGGUGUCCAGUUGUUGUGCCUCACGACAAGCAUUGGGAAACAUGUCAAGCCUAUUUUUGGAAACAUGAUUCGCCCACAAUGCGAUCUUCUUUUUGAACGCCUCGAUUUUCUCAGACUGUUCAAAAACAUCGUGCCCCCUCGCUUGCAUAGACACAUUUAAUGUGUUUAACUGUUCGAACUCAUCGGCGAGAUAAGCAGCUUGUGUGAGCCACACAUCGUCGCUAAACAGGUCGGCAAGAGGUGAGUUGUUCACCAAAAGGAAGGCCGCGAUUUCUGUUCUAAGUUCGCAGAAGCGUGAGAGUACCUUUCCCCUCGAAAGCCAGCGAACUUCCGUAUGAUACAGUACCUGUACAUGCUCACUGCCCAGGUCUUUGCACAGCUUUUGAAAGCAUCAGGUGUUCUUGGCGCUCCGUUUAAUGUGGUUCACCACUUUGAUGACAUCUUUCAAAGUUUCAUGAAGCACUUGCACCAUAUCCUUGGCUGCUAAGGCCUCUCGAUGCAAAAAACAAUGGUUCCAAGUCGCAUUCGGUGCCUUUUCAAGUAUUCUCUUCACCACCCCUGAAUGUUUUCCGGUCAUGGAGGCAGCGCCAUCAGUUGUGAUUCCAACGCACAUAUCCCAGCUUAGGCCCACCGAACCCAAGUACAAAUCCACAGUACUGAAAAUGUCCUCUGCGGUUGUAGUGGUGGGAAGAUCUCUAGUGCAGAGAAAUUGCUCCUGCAGGACCCCUUCCCACACAUGCCUCACAUAAACAAGUAAAAUCGCAUGGUUAGCGAUGUCUGUGGAUUUGUCCAUCUGUAAUGCAUAGUGAGCACUUGCCUUGACGCGAGCUGUGGUCUGUUGUUUGAUGUCAUCGGACAUUUCUUCAAUCCGCCUACUUAUGGAAUCAUUCGACAGUGGUAUGGUCUUCAGUUUAUCCACAGCAGAUUGAUCCAGCACCUCUCUGACCAUGUGAACGGCUGCAGGUAAAAUAAGGUCUUCUGCAAUUGUGUGGGGCUUCUUGAACUUAGCAAUACGGUGAGCUAUGUGGUAAGAUGCACGGAGUGCCUGCUCUUGCUUCGAACAUGAAGACGUUAGGCACUUUUGCAAUGCCCUCAGCUCCUGGAGUCGUCUUUGAAAGUACUCAACAGGUUUGUCUUUAUAAGCGGAGUGUUUCGUUUCUAAAUGGUGUUUCAUUUUUGAUGGCUUCAUGCUUUCCUGUGCCAGCACUUCGCUGCACACAACACACUGAGGUUUUGGUCCCUCUCUGUUGUCCUCAAUGUAAGAAAACCCAUAUUCAAUGUAGUCGGUGUCGUAUUUGUGUUUCGCCAUGUUUACAAAUGCUCGAAUGUUACUGUCAUAACAACGCUGGCAGCAAACGCUACUGCACACACUCUGCGUCAUGGGAAACGUAUGUCCUUCAAAAUAAAAGCGCCACAUCUGAAAUUCUGAAGACUUUUUCCCUCAACUUUUUUUUUCUUUGGACGCACACAUUCGCGACCCACUCAAAAUGGCCCCACGACCCAUUUUUGGGUCGCGACCGACCAGUUGAGAACCACUGCUGUAGAGCAUCCCACUGGUUAAGUACUCUCUGUAUGCAUGUAAGCACACUGAGCCAUCUGGUACUGCAGUACCUCAGCAGCUUCAGGUUGUCAGAGUCAAGGAGUCUACAAGGAGUUGUCAAACUCCUUGUAGAGCUCACACCUCUUUGCACUGAAAAUGAGAAUAAUUUUGAGUAUUGUAAGAGGUCUCAGAUUGCUCAUGGUGUAAUUAUGAGAUUAGAGUUAUGAGGGUGUGUGUGAGGGAGAAAGAGUGUGUGUGUGAGCAUAAUUGAGAGAGAGGGAGAGAGAGAUGGGGGUAGGCAAGAGAGAAAUAGUAUACUUUUUUACAUUUACCUUUUGUCAAAGUGGGUGUAUAUCCCAACCAAAAUGUCCUUCACUGGAUGUUUGGCUGCUUUGAUGCCACAACCAGUGGCAAGAUGGAUAAGGUGGCAAAUGCAGCCAAAGGUCCUGGACAUUAGGCUGCCUUCCUCUUAGUCUGCUAAUAACUGAAUUGUGUCUGCCUUUCAUUACACUUGCAUUAUCAGAGUUGAAGGCAAUGAGGUUCUCCCAUGGAAUGCCUCUUUUGCUAUUGGAAACAGGAAAACAAAAAAAUAUGCACAAAAUAACCUGACAAAAGCUGCUAUGUAAACUUUGAUCAAAUGAAACUGAAAUAAAAAUACUCUAGCUGUUAUAAUUAAAUGCAAACUAGGUCCUCAAUGCUUCAGGCAACUUUUCAUAUAAGUUUUCAGCAUUACCCACAUUGCAUAUGGGUAUUUCAGGGAACUUCGUUGUCACCUCAAGAUUGUACUCAUCAUAAAUUCUUGCAAGUAUGACAAAUUCUUUGUCGGUUUUUCUUUUGUUUGAUUUGUCGCACAGCAAUGAAAAAGGCUGAGAUUUACAUAUACUUGCUACGUCCUUAUCAAGCUCCACAGCUAUGGCACCUGUUAAGCAAAAGUGUCCAGUAAUUAGGCUACAAUAUGGGAACAUUAGCAAGGAUUCAAUUAGAUUGUCCUUUUUAUUUUGAAGCAACACAGUCUAUUUCCUAACACAUUGCCUAAACUACCACAAAUUACUGAAGCCUGGAAAAUCCCCCCUAUAUAGCUUUAAGAUCAAGCUUAUUAAAAUCAUAAUUAUCUUUGGUUCUCAAAUGUUAUAAUAUAUUAAGUACAUUCAAAUACGUUUUGUACCUGUUUAACCAUUCAAAAUAAGUAAGUGGUAGUAGUAGCUAUGUGGCUAGCCUUAACGUAGCCAUAUCUUACCUUUGAUGAGUUGCGAGGCUUUCGUUUUUCCCGCUGAGUACUUCCGAAUGAUGGCAGAGUCGGGGAACAUGUCUGCUACACUACGGUUGAAAUCAUCGCAAAAGCUGAAGGCCACAUUAUUUUUGGCGCAAAGCAUUGACAUUUUCAGCUCAGCUUUGGUCACUUGAUCUGCCUCAGAAAUGUUUCUAGUUAUAAAUGCAGUCAUUGGCGGGCCAUGUUUCUGCGCCACUUGGGCGCGCUUAUGCAUGGCAGAUUUGUCAUGCUGGCUCACAUCGCUUUUUCCUCCGUGUGAUACACUAAAAUCAGUGUGGCAUAUUUUACAAAAAGAAUGACUUUGACCGACUUUGCUCUUCAUUAAGUACGGAUAAGCCUCCUCCCAUUUGGUGAGAUACUUGCACAAACUUUUAACCUUUUUGGCAGGUACUCCCAGAGCCGGCACUAGCGGGUAUGCAAAUGCAAUUGCACAGGGGCCCGAUAGGGCCUGUUGAAAUGGUGGGGGAAACGCAUUGAAUAGCCUUUGCGCAAACUCCUCGUAACAUCUCAGCUCUGAAAAGUAACUACACAUUUUGUCUAAUCAGAGAACAAUAUGUUGAUAAUGAGGGCGUGCCCGGUAACCGCAGGGGUCUCCGUCAGAUAACAGCUUUCAUUAUUAGGUUUUUGAUUGCGGCUGCGCGCAUCACUGAACAUACAAAGAUUACAGUAACGUUAGCUAACGUAGCUUACACGUUUGUUGACAGUUAUUUCUCAACAAUGCAGAAGUCAAAAUCGAGCUUUCAAAAGCGAAAAGACAAUAAAAGAAGACUUGAAAAUACAGACAAAGAGGCAAGAAAUGCCAAAAAGGUCUAUUCAGCGUGGUUCACAGGCGCAGUACCAGCGGCGAAUUUGUUGCCCACGACUUCUAUUGGAGACGAUGCUAGUAAUGCUAACGUUCCGGACAUUCCGAUUCUGGAGACAGCAUCGCUAUCGGCAGAUGUAACGUUACCCCAAGUUGAGGCUUCCCUGGAGCCUGAACCAUCCACGGUAAAUGCACCUCAACCUGAGGCGACACCGUCCACGUCACUGCCGUCAGAUGCAACUCAAACGGAGGCUAACGUUACCCCAGAACAAACACGCAUGGCAACUCUGUGUACCGGUGCAGGGCCAGAAGAAUCAGCAGAGCCACUAGCACCGGAGACCAGUACUAGCGAUUUACAUGGUAACGUUAACGUUAUUGCUAUUGAUUAUUUUGAUCCAGCAUUGUGGCCUGAUGUAAUGUCACACGUUUUAUGAGAUGACAUUGUGCGUCAGAAACCUAAGCAGCUCAAAGACACUGAUUUUGAAUUCCCUCAAACUGAUGGGUGCCACUUUAUGUCUGCAAAUUAUGAACACAAGAUCUCACUUGAAAAAUUUCAUUAAGUGGAAAACACUGGAAACCAGACUUCUGAAGAAUUGCACUAUUGAUAAUCGUGUUCAAAACGAGAUGGAGAAGGAGAGAGCACGCUGGCAUGCUGUGCUUUGCGGAAGCGUUGAUACCUUGUAUGCAGAAAAUAAUGGCAAUUAUAUGAAGCUCAUCAAACUUUUAGCUAAAUAUGACCCAGUCAUGGCUGACCAUUUAAGAUGGGCUCAGAACAGUAAAGUCCACUAUCUCAGUAAAGAUAGCCAGAAUGAAUUUAUUACGUUAUUAGCAGAUGCUGUUUUAAAGAAAAUCAGACACAAUGUGCAAACAGCUCCAUAUUACAGUGUGUUAAUGGACUGCACUCCAGAUAUAUCGCACAAAGAGCAGCUGUCUCUUAUGAUCAGAUAUGUUUCAACUAAUGAAAACAAAGUAGAGGUCCAUGAAUGCUUUUUAGAGUUUGUUACGAUUGAAAACACAACUGGAGAGGGACUUACCAAUAUGCUACUCGCUUGACUUGCUGAGGAUAACACAGAAAUCGAACACUGUAGAGGACAGUGUUACGAUAAUGGUGCCAACAUGAAGGGAGUCCAUCAUGGGGUUCAAUCGAGAAUCCGUGAGAUCAACAAGCGAGCGUUAUACAGUGAGCACCAUAAUUCAUUGGACAGUGAAACAUUUUUAGUUAUUUUGGUUCUGUACUCUAGCACUUUGCGUUUGAAAUGAUACAAUGACCAUGAA